AACAACAUGCAAGUGCAACAUAUGAACGGUGUUAUUCACUUUGCCUUCUUGACCCUCUGCAUCUACAGCGAGCUAGCCAUCUCUGCGAUGAAUAAUAGCAACUGCAGCAAUGACCGAGACAAGUUUUACCUAUCUAUGGUGGAACACUGCACAAGAAUGACGAAAUCAUCUUCAAGUAAUCAAUACAAAUUGGACGCAAUGGAUGCUGACAAAAAUUCAAUGUGUCGUGUUCUCGCUCAACCCAUUGUUGAAUCGCAGGCGUAUACUGUAUCAGCAGAGUUACUUAACCAAGCAGGGUGGCUGGGGAUAAACACCGGCCAUCUUGGUUUGCUGUUCAACGCUAAAGAUGAGAACAACUUUGAUUUUGUCUACUUUAGACCUCAUAGUGUUGGCAUCUGUUAUCAGACCGGAUUCAUGACGAGCGGAAAACUCAGCUUCAUCGAGAGUAAAGCGUGUCCUAAAGGUCCACCCAAAGGUGGGGUCUGGUUCUUAAUGACAGUUAAGGUUCAUGAUCAAGAUGCACAGAUUUAUUUCAAUGGCGACCUGGUGACGACUAUCAAGACCCAUCAUACCUUGCAGGCUCGUGCAGGAGUUUUUACCUUCCAUGGAUAUCAAAACGUGGUUCUUUUCAAAAACUUCCAAAUCGACCCUCAGCUGUAUGUCUCUAAAAGAUGUGUGCGCACAGUUGAAUUUCCGGGGUAUGUCAAACUCGAUGCAGAUCACGGAAGCUGGCCGAAGGAUGGCUUUUGUCAAGUAUCGUACUUAAACGGAUGCGGGACUGGGGACUACCAGAUCAGCGUGGACAUGUACAAUUUUUUGGGGCUAGAUAGAGCAAACUUUGGCCACUUAGGUGUAUUUUUCAACUCUGAAGAUGGGGACAACUAUGACUUCGUGUACUUCAGGCCGCACAGUACUAGCACUUGUUUUCAGACAGGUUACGUUUACAAAGCCUAACCAAAGUUUGACGGAGCCAAAACCAGUGCUUGCCCUGCUGGUCCUCCCAAGGGAGCAGAAUGGUUCAAUGUCAGGGUGACCGUAUCAACAGCCACUCCUGCGGGGAAAGUCAAAGUAUACCUCAACGACAAUCUGGUGACGUCAUGGAAUCCUCGUUAUGUUCCCAAAAGUCGUGGAGGUGUUUUGGUCGCAAAUGGUUAUAAGAAUGUGGUGUACUUCAGGAAUUUCCGAAUAUUUUGAGAUAAAAAAAUAAAUUAACGGCGGUUCUAUAUUUCUAUUUCGUGGGAUUGUAGGUUUCUCGGGAUCCGGAAUUAGGCCGCGGCUGAAACCGACGGUAUGCCGGCAGGCAAACGCUGUAGUUGUCAUUUAGAUUAAAACAAAAAAGGAAAAUAAACCGUGAGCUA